GCAUUGGACAGAGAGAGAGUGAAAGAGAGGGCGAGGGAGAGGGAGAGAAGGAGAGAGACGGGGGGAGCAGAGAAGAGAGAGGGAGGGAGGGAGGGAGAGAGAACAGAGAGAAAGAAGAGGGGAGAAAGAGAGAAAGGAAAGAGAAAGAGAGAGAAGUGCUGCUGCAGAUAAUUGAUUACUCCUCGAUCAAGGCUAACUUGUUAGCAAUAGUCAAUUGCCCCGUCUCUCCGCCUCCCUCGCAGUCCGGGAUCGGCGCCCUAGCCUCGGCUCUUCCAACUGCAGCCGCCAGGACCCGGGGCCAGGAGCGGCCACGGAGCCACCUGACACCUUUAAAUAGCACCGGGGCUGGCGAAACUGGAGCCCCGCGCGGCGCGCCCCGGCUCCGGCCCCGGAUUGCUGGAAGCCCCGGCGGCGGCAGCGCCCGCGUCAGCGCCCUUCUUCGGGGGCCCCACGCUGCUCUGCCCGCCUCAGCCGGCGUGCUAACCAGCCCCGCUCCCGGCCGGCGCCCUGCCCAGUGCGGCCUCCUUGCGCACCGCUGCCUGCGCGCGCCGUCCGGCGCCCGAGCUGCCCGCGGGCUGGGUCUCCGCGGCCGGAGCCGCCCCGGCCGGGCCCCCAAACGAGGCAGAGAUGACUUCCAAGGAGGACAGCAAGGCGGCGCCGGGGGAGGAGCGGCGGCGCAGCCCUCUGGACCACCUGCCGCCGCCCGCCAACUCCAACAAGCCGCUGACGCCGUUCAGCAUCGAGGACAUCCUCAACAAGCCGUCUGUGAGGAGAAGUUACUCGCUGUGCGGGGCGGCGCACCUGCUGGCCGCCGCGGACAAGCACGCGCCGGGCGGCUUGCCCCUAGCGGGCCGCGCGCUGCUCUCGCAAACGUCGCCGCUGUGCGCGCUGGAGGAGCUCGCCAGCAAGACCUUUAAGGGGCUGGAGGUCAGCGUCCUGCAGGCAGCCGAAGGCCGCGACGGGAUGACCAUCUUCGGGCAGCGGCAGACCCCCAAGAAGCGGCGAAAGUCGCGCACGGCUUUCACCAACCACCAGAUCUACGAGUUGGAAAAGCGCUUCCUGUAUCAGAAGUACCUGUCCCCUGCCGAUCGCGACCAAAUCGCGCAGCAGCUGGGCCUCACCAACGCGCAGGUCAUCACCUGGUUCCAGAAUCGGCGCGCCAAGCUCAAGAGGGACCUGGAGGAGAUGAAGGCCGAUGUGGAGUCCGCCAAGAAACUGGGCCCCAGCGGGCAGAUGGACAUCGUGGCCCUGGCCGAACUCGAGCAGAACUCGGAGGCCACCGGGGGCGGUGGCGGCGGCUGCGGCAGGGCCAAGUCCAGGCCUGGCUCUCCGGCGCUGCCCCCAGGCGCCCCGCAGGCCCCGGGCGCUGGACCCCUGCAGCUCUCACCUGCCUCUCCGCUCACGGACCAGCCUGCCAGCAGCCAGGACUGCUCGGAGGACGAGGAAGACGAAGAGAUCGACGUGGACGAUUGAGCCCCGCGCGCCCGGAUCUUCCGCCGCCGCCGGGGCCCCUAAUGCCCGUACUGCCCGCCGCCUCCCGGACCGGACCGCGGAGGGAGCUGGGACCUCCUCUGCAACUCCCGCCUCCUCCCCUGUCCCCGGCCCCGGACUCGGCUCCCAGCAGCCGCCUCUUCCCUCUCGAAGCAAUAAACCCCGGGCUGGCCGGCCGGGCCGGCCGCCGCACGCGGCCUCCGCCGCCCCGGGAGCCCUCGCCGUGCAAUUCUGUAUGGCUUCUGUAUAAAUAUUUAAGCUUAUAUAGCGGGUUCUUCCCA